UUCGUCACAAUUAUUGUACUCUGCUUAGCUUCAGAUGAAUUGCCUUUCUUGAUCAAUCCUCCAUCCGCUUCGUAUAGAUGUUGGUCACGUGCAACUAGGUUGAGGGGCCCCCCAUUUACGCGAAUCGACAUUGCAAAUUCGAGGACCUGACACUCUCUCUUAAGGCGGCUUGCAAUUUUGAGAAAGCAGGUCGUAUCGGUACUUCCCCCUGGCGCUUGUCUCGCUACGGCUACAUUUCUUCGUAGCCGACCACAUUGUUGUGUGACUUCUGCGCGAAGUCGCACAUCUACCUCGGCGGUCGGUGUUUGCACCCGCCGUUCUCCGUCUUGGUUGUUCCCCAGUGAAGCGUUUGAGAAAUCAACCUGUGGACACCGCGAUAAACAUCUCAAGCAGAGGAGCCAAGGCUGUCGGUCGAAAAUAAGCUUUGCGCAAAGUAUUUGUGUGAUCCUCUGGAAGUAUAACCUCGCAGAGUGGUCCGAUCAAUCCUUUAUUUAGUUCCUGCAGACAACAUAUCCGCCCGUGGCACACCGUGCCCGACGCAAAAUCGGUCUUUGUACGUGCCGUACCUCCGACAGGAAUUCGAUAUGGGGUCCGACUAUCCGGAGCCCCCCUCCCCUUACCCCCGCGAGUCGCACAGCGGCUUUGGUGUAUCUCCAGGCGAUCGGGAGCAUUUCAGUCUCGGGCCACACCCGGCCGGAACGACGAGCAAUUCCGAAGAGCCGCAUCUAGACGCCAAACGGCCCCGCGCUUGCGAGCCAUGUCGCCAACUCAAGGUCCGGUGUGACCCGGACCCAUCGCAUCCAGAUGGCUCAUGCAAGCGAUGCGCCAAAGCUGGGCGCGCAUGCGUUGUUACCGCGCCUACGCGGAAACGUCAGAAGAAGACGGAUAGCCGCGUCACGGAGCUGGAGCGCAAGAUUGAUGCCUUGACUGCGACCCUGCAAGCGUCACAUCGUGGUGCGUUUGGGCUGGAAUCGCCUUCCAAACAGGGGUCUUCUCACUCGCCCGAGAUUCCUGGUCGGCGGUGGCUGCGGGAUGAUCCGAAUUUGGCGGGGAACAAGCGCCAUCAUGAUGGGCUACUGGUAUCGCAGUAUCCUCGCCAGGAUAGCCCGUCUGCGGAGAAGUUACCUCCACAACAGUCAUCCUCUCGACAGUGGCGGGUUCCUUCGGCCGAUGAGACGGGGCCGGCGAAGACGGGGAAUGAAUUCGCUGAUGUGAUUGAUAGAGGUGUAGUGGAUGUCGACACUGCCCAGGCGGCAUUCGAGCGCUAUGUUACGAAGAUGGUACCGGAGAUGCCCAUGGUUGCCUUUCCACCAGGGACGACAAUGGGUUUCGUGCGUCGUGAGAGACCGGCCUUAUUCCUCGCUAUCCUCGCGGUCGCUAUCGGCCCGUUCAAGAACGAUAUACAACUCAAGCUUCUUGACGAUGUGUAUCGCAUAUGUGCAGAACGCGUGGUAGUCAAAGGCGAGAAGUCUCUCGAGCUAGUUCAGGCGUUUAUAGUGCUUGCGAUCUGGUAUAUGCCUCCGGACAACCUUGAAGAACUAAAGUUCUACCAACUCGUUCACUUCGCUGUGAUCCUGGCUAUGGAUCUUGGGCUCAAUCGGCGACAAGGGGGCGAGGACAGACCAUUUAGUCGAUUGCGUGAAGUGCUUCUCAAAAAGCCCUUGGGAUCAGCAUUUGACAUUAAUGGGCCCGAGGCGAAGCGUACUUGGGUUGGCUGUUAUUUCAUGGCGGUUCAGGUCUCUACGGCUUUGCGGCGAACCCACCUUGUCAGGUGGCAGCCAUACAUGGACGAGUGUCUGCAGACCUUGGAGAACCACCCCGAUGCUCUGCCCUCCGACAGGAAGAUUAUCUGGUGGGCCAAGCUUGGGCAGAUUAUCGAAGAGUCUAGCACACAACUUAUUACCAAUGAUCCUUUGUCCAUCAUCACUUUUGCAGACAGUAAAAUUCGGUAUGCGGUCAAGGGAUUUUCAAACCAGCUGGCCCAGUGGCGGAGGGAAAUCCCAGAGGAUGCUUAUAGCUUGACGUUGGCCCAUACUUACCAUGUCAUCAAUCUCUUUGUCCAUGAAAGUGCAAUGAGCGUUGAUUGCAGAGAAAGCUGUCUCCCAAAUUCGCCUAAUAAUGAUCUUCCAACCUCGGUGCUUGCCCCACUCAUCGAUGCAAUCAGUACCUGCAUUCAUUCAAUCCACCAAUCUCUAGACAUUAUCUGCAGCAUCGAGCCAGAACGUCUGAUUUGCUUGCCGACAGUGGCUCUCGCUCGAACGUCUUACCCGGUGGUCAGCUUGAUCAAGAUUUACUCGCUACUCGUCGCAUCAAAUACCCACAUUGGUCAGGUGAUUGAUAUGAAUAGUCUCAAGAUUGAAUACUACCUGGAAAAGGUCAUCACUCACUAUCGUGCAGCCGCUGCCCGCGAUGGUGGCAGGGCAGCGUCAAAAUUCGGAAACAUCAUCAUGAUGCUGCGCAAUUGGUUCCUCAAAAAAAGAGAAAAUGGACCAGCCUUGAGAGAGAUAUUUGGCACAGAAGUACAAUCAGACACACAGGGUGACAAACAAGCAAUGCAGCAAGGAACGACACCCCUUCACCUACUAAGCGAAGUUGCCAUGGGCGAUCCAGCCAAUCGUGCCCCCUCGUCAGCAUCCCAAUCUCGCUCCGACCAAGAAAGGGUCUACACACCAUCAACAUACAGACAAAACGCCUGCCCUACACCCUUCGGGCCAAUAAACCCACCAACCUCACUCACCCGCAUGCCCUCAAAAUCAGAUCAAACACCAUCAACAACAUCCUGGACCCCCACACCCUCCUUCUCUCCUUCUAUUCAUGGAAACUCGGGUCCGGGGUAUUAUCCAUCGUUCGCAACGCCGGACCUAACGCAGGGGUACAACGGUCUUCAAUCGUCCACUGGGCCCAGUCAGCCUGGAUACCCGGAUAUGUCGAGUACGGGCAUGUCACUUCCUCAGCCGAUGGGCAUGGUACCGGAAUUGGACAUGAAUGUUGCGUUUGAUUCAGAUAAUCUGUUUGCGUUGGGGACUAUGAUGGACGAGGGGUUGUUUACGUUUCCGUUGGCUUUUGAUGCCGAUUUCCAGAUGUAGGGUGAUGUGUAGCGAGUCUUUUUGGGGUGUAUGGUGGUUAGCCAUGUUGAUAUUUGUUUUUAUACCCUGGUGUAGAUAAUUAUUGCUCAAAGACACAUCUAUUUUUGCCCUUGGA